AUGUGUAGUAUAUUAAAUAAUGAUUUCUUCAAAUUGGAUAGGUUUCUUUCUAGUAGUGGGAAUGAUGAUGGGAGUAACAAUUUAUUGAUGAUAGGAGUUAAUUUAUUAUUAUUAUUUUCUAUGUUUUUAUAUGGUAUAAACUAUAUAUUGAUGAAAUAUUUUAUAAAGAUAAAUGGAUCAAUUUAUAUCUUUAUUAUAUUAAGAACAGCUUUAACAAUACCUUUGAUGAUAUAUAUGUUCCUUUCAAAAAAACCAUGUUCUCAAAAUAAAAGAUUAUUAGAUCAGGAUAUGAAAGAUAUUGAUACUGAUAUGAACAGCAAUGGAAAAGAUUUAGAGUUAGCUACUCCAAAUGAGGAAAAUAAGACAAGUAGAAAAUAUGGUUGGUCAUCCAAGAAUAAGAAAAAAUAUAAAAACAAAAACCAAUCAAAUGAUAAUAAUAAUAAUGAUAAUAUAAAUGUGAAUCAAAAUAAAUGUAUACAAAAUGAUAUAGAAGAAAGUUCUAGUUGUAAUUUUUUUAAUCGAUUAUUUUUUAAUGAGGAAAAAUUAAUACCCAAGGCAGCUUAUAUGCCUAUAUUAAUAUUAUCUAUAACAGGUGCCUUAAGACAAGUUAUUGUAAUUGUUGCUUUACAAUAUACAGAUUCACAUAAUGUUGCUAUUAUUCAACCUACCAUUCCUAUUUUUACAGCUCUCAUAUCUUAUUAUUUAAAAAUAGAAAAAAUGAAUUAUAUAACAGCUUUUUCUAUACUCUUAUCUUUUUUUGGAUUAGCUAUAACAGCAGAAAUGUGGAGUCUUAAAUCUUUCGAUUUAGGUUUCUAUUUAUUAUUAACAGUACCAAUUACUAAAGGAUUACAAGUUAUAUAUAUUAAUGUAGCUACUAAAUAUGUAAGUAAUGAUAUUAUACAAUUGUCUCAAAUGUUUUUCUUAUUAAUUAUAACAUUACCAUUUGGAAUAUUAGGAGAAAUAUUUAUUAAUAAAAAUUAUAAUAUUCUUCAAGAAAUAUCUCAAUUAAAUAUGCAACAGUUUCUUUGUAUCUUAUAUUCAACAAUUGCUAUCAUUAUCUUAUGUUGGAAAAUUCAAAUUAUAGCACUCAAUUAUUUAACACCUAUAACGGUUUCUUUAUAUCAGUCCUUUCAACCAUGCUUCACUUUUGUCUUAGCAAGACUUUUUCUUAAUGAAACAAUAAAUGCUGGCAAAAUUAUUGGAACACUUUUUAUUAUCUUGUCUUUGUUUUUAUAUCAGUAUGGCUGUAACAGGCAUCCCAAAAAGUGA